GGCGUUCGAACCAUCAAACAACAAACACGCAAUGGCGGGCACUGAUCAAAAAAUCCACGAUGCGAAUGAAACGGAGCCUCCUGUCAAGAAACACAAAGUAGGCGGUGACGCCGAGCCGCAGGCGAACGGCGACGACCUGACGGAUUUGUCCGCUUUUCGCGCGGACCGCAUCCUGAGUUGUGACAGCCGGAACAAAACAAUCGUCGCUGUCGGGUCGUUUGGAGCCGCCGACCCCGGCCAGCGUGCUCUCGUCAUCUUGGAGAAGAAGCCCUUCGACGCGGACGGCUUCGACAAGUUGUGCACUGUGGAAAGUUCCCUCAAGAAGGUUUUCCGCAACGAUGUCUAUGGCAACUAUGACUGCUUCAUCGAACGCGAGCUGAACGCUGUGAAGGCUACGGUCAUUCACCCGGCAUCUGACAAGCAUAUUCAAAAGUACGAAACUCAGUUGAUUCACAUAGUCGAAGAAACACCUGAAGUGUACAAAUCUGUAACGCUUCCUUAUUUGGAGAACGAACAGCUCAACCUGCAGUGGGUUUACAACAUUUUGGAACACAAAUCUGAGGUUGAACGAAUUGUCUUUGAAGAUGAGGAUCCCUCUGUUGGAUUCGUUCUCCUACCAGACCUCAAGUGGGACGGAAAAGAUUUAAAAAGUCUCUAUCUUUUGGCGAUUGUACGUCAAACGGGCAUCAAGUCGCUUAGAGAUCUCACCGCAGACCAUUUGCCUCUUCUUCAGAAUAUUUUGACAAAGUGCACUAACAUCAUAAAUGAGCGUUAUGGCUUGCCUACAUCCAGGAUUCGAGCUUUCUUUCACUACCAACCAACAUUUUAUCAUCUCCACAUCCAUUUCACCUAUUUGCAAUAUGAUGCUCCAGGAAUCCACACGGAGCGGGCUCACUUGCUGACCUCAGUAAUCAACAAUAUUCAGUUGGUUCCAAAUUAUUAUCAAACCAUUACGUUACCUUUCACUGUCAGGCAGUCUGACAAGCUUUUCACAGUUUUGAACAAGAAAGGUAUUCUUGCUUAAAUGGAUUUGAAUGCCUGUGUCCUGAUAGAAGUCCGGCCUCUUGUCCAAUCUUGCUGUGUAUUUCUAUCAGUACCAUUUCCUCAAGCAUGUGUCAGGCUAGUGGUGCAUCCCGAUGAGUUAACUGUUACUUGGCUGCUCGGUUCUCAAAAAUUACAGAGCCACACAAUAUCUCUUCCGCAAAAUGUUCCUAUCAAGUUUGAACCUUGUCAAUUGUCUUCGCUUCUCCAGGAAGAGAAGCAUGUGUCAUUUCGAGUUCAAACAUCUCCCAGGGACCUAACAGGAUCAUUUUCUGUGCAACUAUUGGAGUGUGAGAAGGGUGUGUCUCAGUUUGUUGAAAGUGCACCAAACAUUCCUUCGUCUGAACCCUGCUCCAUUCAAUGUUUGUGUUGUGGUCAAAGCAUUGUGUCAGAAGAAACCAUUACUUUUGAGAGGGUCCUUCCCCUUCCCUCUUGCUCUUACGACGCAAGUGACUUUUUCUGCCACAGCCAUGGAGACUCGAGUAUUAAUAUAAACCCUAGAAAAUUAGAUUGUUUUUACUCGACAAGUGGUUUUCAUAUCCAUCCAUCUCAUGUUGAAUGCAAAGAAGACACUAUCCGUUGCAGAUGCUGCCUAGCGUGGAUAGGUUCAAAGAGUGAUGCGAGAGUCUGUCUAUGGCAUUCAACUGUGAAUGUGACACCUGUCUCUGUCACUAGAUCUCAAGUUACCAAGAUAAACCCAGCUCUGGAGUUUAUUUUUAUUGUUGAUAAAACUAUUAGACAAUGUCCUAGUGUAUUAUGUCGUUUAAUGCUUUAUGUAAAAGUUAGCAGUGUUGUCUCUCACUAUCUUCUGAUUCAUGUUAUGGACCGUCAGUUGACCCUUCUUACUGUUUUGAACAAUAAAUCUGCAGAGGUUGCAUCACACAAAGCAAUCAAAGUUUCAUUUCACUUAGAAAAAGAAUCGAAUAUGUUAGUUUCUUCUUGGCAAAAUGAUUCACUUGUGAGCUGCAUUGAGGUUUCCCUUCCUGUGUUUGUACAAGGGCUGAAACUUCUUUCAAAAACUUCACAAUAUAUUCCUUCUUCUUACAGGAAAGCUCAGGAUGAGUUUUUAUUUGCAUAUUUGAGCCCUGAUUUUAUUGAUUGACUACCAAUGUUUCUGGACAACUAAUUUGUGAACUCCAGGAUGAAGCCUAGCAUUAUUAAAGAAUGAUCCCUCAUGUUC